AUGGAACUAGGUAAGUCUCCAGGUGAGGAUGGACUAACUGUUGAAGUCUAUAGAGCAAUCUUUCCUCUGAUCAGUGAGCAUUUUGUGCAAUUUAUCAACGUUGCCAGAAAGAGAGAUACAUUUGGUCCUAGCUUCUUAAGAGCACUAAUUACUCUUCUUCGAAAACCAGGUACACCUGAAGGACACAUCAAGAGUUAUCGUCCUCUUUCACUCAUGAAUGUAGACUAUAAAAUUAUAUCCAAAGUACUUGCUCAACGACUUAAACUUGUCAUGGAAAAAGUUGUGCAUCCGGAUCAAACUUGUUCGGUACCCAAUCGAACACUACAGGAUAACAUUCAUCUUGCUCGAUCACUAAUAAGAUAUCACAGACAACGUCGAGAACCUUUUGGUCUUGCACAAUGGGAUCAAGAAAAAGCCUUUGAUCGAGUGAGCCACACAUAUCUCGAUGCAGUUCUUGAACGUUUCGGCUUCAAAAAUGAAUUUAGGGCGUUUAUACGUCUACUGUAUAAAGAAGCCACCUUCAGAAUCAACAUCAAUGGCUUCAUGUCAAUCACGACUCGAUUCUUGUCUGGCAUAAGACAAGGAUGUUCUUUGUCAUCUAUGCUGUAUGUCUUAUGUCUUGAACCAUUACUACAUCAGCUAAGAUCCAAUAACAGAAUACCUGGUCUUCUUCCACCAGGCGCCAAUAUACCCUCGAUUCGACAACGGAUCCUCCCCUCAGGUAUUGACCCAACGGUAAAAGUAUCUGCAUAUGCAGAUGACAUUACGUCUGUUGUUUAUACACCAGAAGAGGAGGAAGAAACCUUAAAUAUGUUUGCUCUAUUUAGUAAAGCUUCAGGUGGAAAAACAAAUGUAUCCAAGACGGAAAUACUUUUGGUGAGUGAUUGGUGUCCAUCGUUACCAUUUAAAGCACGUGUCAAGAGUGAUUACAGUAUUUAUCUUGGUGUCCCAAUCGAUGUCUCAGGUAAUAUUCCAACGAAUGAGACUAAUCAGCUCAUCACGCGAGUUAAAGAAGGAGUGAAUAUGUGGUCUGCGAUGCAUUUAUCUUUUGGAGAGCGUAGUACAGUCCUCAGGUCAUUCAUUCUGAGUCCAUUGGUACACAUAUUCUCAAUGGUUCCAGUAUUAAACUCAGUAUGUAAUGACUUGCAGACGAUUUGUACUAAUUUUUUGUGGAACUCGAGUAAGAAAAAUAUUGAGUUUAAUACGCUAAUCGGUAGACGACAUGAAGGUGGUCUUGCUCUCCCACACAUCGAAUCAAUGAUUAAAUCAUAUCGUAUCUCAUGUGGUCUACGAGCGCUAAACCCACACUUAGGCAUGAAAUGGAUGUUUUUUGCGAUCACUUAUUUAGGUGCUGAUUCAAGGUGGAAAGAUCAGUUGUUAUGGUCUAAUCUAAUGCCACACAUCGAGACGGAAAAUGAACUAUUCAAUGAGGUUGGACGAGAUACGCGUCAGUGGCUUCUUGACGGUCAUCCCAGCAUUAUCAACACCAUGAGCCAAUCUAAAUCAGUUUAUUGGAUCCUAGUCGAAAUGCUAUUUCGUAAACCAGUGUCAUUGAAAUGGAUUCCACUGGAAUGUAAGGAGGUUUUUUAUAGGACUCUUCACAAGUCCAAAAUGCCUGCUCGUGUUUUUGAUCUGUGGUAUAGGCUAUCUCUAAGUGGUCUCACAACAGGUUCCAGAUUUGGACGUUCGGCAGAACAGCAACAGUGUAUGUUUUGUCGUGAUUGUGAAUCACAGGCUCAUUUAUGGGUCCAAUGUGCCUAUUUUUCACCAUUAUUCACAUGUUUAAAACAAGAAGUUUUUAAGCGCUAUAAAAUUGAACUGGCACGUAAACAAAAUGAUUUGAUCUACAUGCAGCCUGUGAUCACAUCCAACAAAACAUCGACUAAAAACAUCAUGCUUAUGAUCGGUUACUAUUUUUAUGUAAUCUGGUCAUAUCGAAACGAUGUUAAAUUUCGUCAUAUGAAGAGGAGUGGUAAAAUUCCUUUGCAACGAUUCAAACAACUACUACUUCAAACAUGA